CAUCAUUGCUUGAUGGUCCUGUGGAACAACAAUAUUGCAUGCUUGUCAGAUGAUGCCCUUAAACUUGCACUUCCCCAAAAGAAAUAAAGGGAAGUCUCUACCCACUACCCUGACUGAUUCUCUUGUGGCAUCAGUUGUUAUCAUUGCUCAAGAAGUUGCAGGAGACAUUUGAAUGACAGAUACUCACCAGGAGGAAUCUGAACAUGGCAUUAGCAUUACUAUUAAAUCUACUGGAAUUUCUCUGUACUAUGAGAUGUCUGAUGAUCUGAAGAACUUGAAGGGAGAAAGGCAGGGGAAUGAGUAUCUCAUCAGCCUCAUUGAUUCUCCUGGGGAUGUUGACAUAUCAUCUGAGGUCACUGCUGCUCUCCGCAUUACUGAUGCUGCAUAGGUGGUGUUUGAUUGCACUGAGGGUGUAUGUGUUCAAACCGAAACUUUCCAUCAACCAAACCCUUGGUGAGAGGAUUAGGCAUGUCUUGACUGUAAACAAGAUGGACAGGUGCUUCCUUGAACUUUAGGUCGAUGGAGAAGAGGCUUAUUAAACUUUCCAAAGAGUUACUGGGAAUGCCAAUGUGAUCAUGGCUACAUAUGAAGACCCUCUCCUUGGUGACGUCUAGGAAACACCCAGAGAAAGGGACAGUUACCUUCUCUGCUGGGUCUGCAUGGCUGGGCUUUCACCGUUACCAACUUUGCUAAGAUGUAUGCUUUCAAGUUUGGCGUAAAUGAGGUAAAGAUGAUGGAGAGACUCUGGGGUGAGAACUACUUUGACCCUGCUACCAGGAAGUGGACCAACAAGAACACUGGUUCUACCUGCAAGCGUGGUUGUGUUCAGUUUAUUAUGAACCUAUCAAGAAAACCAUCGGUAUCUGCGUGAAUGAUCAGAAAAGACAAACUGUGGCCCAUGUUGCAAAAGUUGUGUCACCAUGAAGUCUGAGGAGAAGGAAUUGGUCGGAAAAGCCUUGAUGAAACGUGAACGCAGACAUGACUCCCUGCUAGUAAUGCCCUAUUGGAAAUGAUCUUUCACCUCCCUUCACCUGCAAUUUUGCAAAGGCUUAGAAAUACCAUGUACGAGGGGCCUCUUGAUGAUAUUCAUGCUAGGAACUGUGAUCUUCAAGGGCCUCUAAUGCUUUAUGUAUCAAAAUAUCUGAUCAUGAUACUAACCCUAACAUAUGUACUUUAUUAUUUAUAUUCUGUUACAAAAGAUUGCUCCAAACCGUUUUCCUAAUUAAUUAAUGUUUUUAAGUUUGGUUACGGCUUUUUAUUUGGCACACUUUCGGUUAAGACGUUAGUCGUUAGACGUGUCAAAAGUAAUUUAAGUAUCUUUUCUUACAUUCUCGUUUCAUGUUUGAAGAAGUAUCUUCUUUUAUGUACAUCGUUGAGGUAUGGAGCUGCAGACGGCAAGCCUGAAAUUGGGUCUAAGAGAUUUGUUUGCUCAUCCAGGCAUCCACCAUGCAAAUACAGAGAAAGAAAACCUGUACUGCUAGCGUUGCUUUUUAUUUAAAUUGGCGGUCAUUUUCAAGCUCGAAGAUCGGGUUUUAGCCUUCAGCUUCAACGACGAAGUUGAAGCACUGCUCUUGUUUGAUGGAAACAAUGUGGCUACAACUACGAACAAGUUCGUUACAGUCGCUAUACGGUUCGAGGGCACACCCAUGUCGGAGAUAUUGACCUUCUAUUUUUCCCUUUGAAGUUUGAAUUGCCCAUCGUCAUUCAUGAAAGCGAUAUCUAGCUCCAUUUUUAUUUCUCGCCGGCUAUCGACCACAAAGCAGAAUUUACUGUCCUCUUUCAGAAAAUCUGAACCAUUUCAAGUGAACGCAACAACUAUCGCUGAGGAUAUUUUUGGUAGGAUUUUAGACAAAUACCUAGAUAUCUCAGAAUUGAAGAAGCUCCAUUCCAAGAUCAUUGUCCACCAAGAUAUCCGCUUGAACCCAUCUCUCGGCAUCAAAUUGAUGAGAGCCUAUGCUGCCUGUGGAGAACCCACAUUUACACGGCACGUAUUCGAAGAAAUUCCACAUAAAAAUAUCAUCUUCUUCAAUGUCAUGAUUAGAAGCUAUGUCAACAAUCACAUGUACCGAGAUGCUCUCCUUAUUUACAUAAACAUGUCAAGCCAUGGAGUUCAACCUGACAACUACACUAUCCCCUGUGUCCUUAAAGCCUGUUCAUGCUCAGAGGAUUUGCGGCUCAGAGGGCAAAUCCACGCCACAAGUGUAAAACUUGCGCUUGACUUGAAUCUCUUCGUCGGGAACGGUUUGAUUUUCAUGUAUGGGAAGGGUAAUUGUUUAAUUGAGGCUCGUCGGAUUCUUGAUGGAAUGCGUCAUAGAGACGUGGUCUCUUGGAAUUCAAUGGUUGCUGGAUAUGCACAGAAUGGGCGGUUCGAUGAAGCAUUGGAGGUUUGCAAGGAGAUAGAGUUGCACAGGCUGAAACCUGAUGCAGGUACCAUGGCAAGCCUUCUGCCAGCUGUGACACAUACCUCUUCUGCCAACGUUCUAUUUGUAGAGGGAAUGUUCAGAAAGAUGCCUAUAAAGGGUUUGGUUGCUUGGAAUGUGAUGAUAGCUGUUUAUGUAAACAAUUCUAUGCCUGCAGAGGCCGUGGAGCUCUUUUCACAGAUGGAAAGAAGUGGAAUGGAACCUGAUGCAGUUACUAUUGCUAGUGUUCUUCCCGCAUGUGGGGACCUCUCUGCUCUGGGGCAGGGGAGAAGGAUACAUGAUUAUGUUGUUAGGAAGAGACUCACUCCAAAUCUUUUCCUGGAGAACGCAUUAGUUGACAUGUAUGCUAAAUGUGGGUGUUUACAGGAUGCAAGGGAAGUGUUUGAUGGGAUGCAGGGACGUGAUGUUGUGUCCUGGACUAGUAUGAUUUCAGCUUAUGGCAUGCAUGGACAAGGCCGGGAUGCGGUAGCUCUGUUCACAAAAAUGCAACACUCCGGUCUUACCCCGGAUCAUAUUGCAUUUGUGUCCGUUCUCUCAGCUUGCAGCCACACUGGUCUACUGGAUGAGGGACGGUAUUACUUUAGAUUAAUGACGGAGGAAUAUAUGUUGGUUCCUAGGAUAGAGCAUUUUUCUUGCAUGGUUGAUCUGUUAGGACGUGCAGGUCAUGUGGACGAGGCGUAUGACUUCAUCAAACAGAUGCCCAUGGAACCAAAUGAAAGAGUAUGGGGGGCAUUACUCAGUGCUUGCAGAGUUUACUCAAAUAUGACUCUUGGGUUGAUUGCCGCUGAUAAGCUUUUCGAGUUGGUUCCUGAGCAAGCUGGGUAUUAUGUCUUGUUAUCAAACAUAUAUGCCAAGGCCGGUAGAUGGAAUGAUGUCACAACUGUUAGAUCUAUGAUGAAAAGCAGAGGAAUCAAGAAGCUGCCUGGAUGCAGUAAUGUUGAACUCAGUGAUCGGGUGCACACAUUCCUUGCAGGUGACAACUCUCAUCCCCAGUCCAAGGAGAUUUAUGCGGAGCUUGAUGUAUUACUGGGGAAGAUGAAGGAGGCAGGUUAUGUCCCUGAGACUGAUUCUGCCCUUCAUGAUGUGGAGGAGGAGGAUAAGGAAGGACACCUGGUUGUGCACAGUGAGAAGUUGGCCAUUGCUUUUGCUAUUAUAAAUACUGGGCCUGGGACGCCAAUCAGGAUUACAAAGAACCUCCGUGUGUGUGGAGAUUGCCAUGUUGCUGCCAAGCUCAUCUCCAAGAUUGCUGAACGUGAUAUCAUAGUCAGGGACACGAAUCGGUUUCACCAUUUCAGGAAUGGGGUUUGCUCAUGUGGUGAUUACUGGUGAAGUGAGUCCAUGGCUCUAGCGCAUGGGUAGUAGAAUCAAUUCCUCAGCAAAUGGUUAUUUAUCAUCUGCGGCAACCUGUGCCAAGAAGAUGACUUUUUUCAUCAUUCAUUUUUAUUUAUGCAAUUGAUCAAGCUUUGCAUUGGUUGAUAAUUGUUUUCCUCGAUUUCUCAAUCCUCAAUGGUUUUCGUCUGCAUGAAGAUAAGGAGUGGGUUAGAUUCCAAUCAGACGCGAAUUAUCCCUGAUUCCCUGUAUAAAAGGGUUCUCCGAAUGGUCUUAACCUAAGAUUAUUUCUUCUUUAGUUUGAUCAGAUAAUCAUGACCAUCUGAUGGGGCAGGUAAUACGGUUGGUCCACAUAUCUAGCAGGGAAUGCAUAUAUCUAUCAAAAAGAAAUUGAUAUAACAAAUAAACAUAAGCUGUGGUGCUAUAAUACAACAGGGCCCUUUUCUUAGGAGGGGUGAGACCGAGAUUCAGAGAGAGAGAGAGAGAGAGAUCUGCAGUGGGUGCUGCCGAGCAGAAACUAAAGGCUCCGAAAGGACGCGUAGAUUUUAGAUAGGAA